AGGCAUCAUGUUAACAGUGAAACUAUUUUAAAACUUGUUUGUCCUCCUUUUGACGUAAAAAGGUCAGAGAAGACCAUUUGGGACCUGGCAGUAGAAGAGAGAGACAGAACAGAAAAUCACCCCAACCAAGGUAAACAUUAAUUUGAAUCUACAAGGGUUUACAUUCAAAGGAUGCAAUCUGGUAGCCUUGUGUCAAGGAAGGAUAUCUUUUGAACUCUGUAGCAAGAGUAAAUAAAUAAUAAAAAAAGAAAAGUAGUAUUACUGACAUUGUGGUGCAAGUUGAGGAAUCUUGUUCAGUGUAACCUUAGUAAUUUAUUGUUCUUGCACAAAGGUAAAUAUUUUUUGCAUCUGAUAGGUAAAUGUAUUAUUGACUGUCAAUAUAUUUGUUUUGAACUGGAUUAUGAUUGCUCUUAUUUAGAUCAGCAAGAUGAUACGCCAUUAUCCAGCAGUGAUGAAUCCAGUAUAUUUGUGCUUGGAAGUAAAAAUUCUGUGAGUUUUCCUUCAAAAAUAAACUCAAUGUUGUUGGUAAAUUCUGUCAUUGCACAACAGAUUCAACUUCUUUUUGACCUUUACUUUCAAUUUUAAUUUGUAGGGAAAGACAUCCUUGAUUUUGAGAUUUCUUGAUAGGUAAGUAGCCUGCGCAUUUUGUCUCUUACGAGUUACUGAACUUAUCGGUGCUCUCAUUUACCGCCAAACCAACAAAAUUGUAAAUGCCAGAUGGCAGAGGUAUGAGCAAGGUUUACUGACAAAUACACCAAACUUGGCCCACCUUAUGUCAAAAAUAUUUCCACGACUCAUGAUUCUCCAGAAAAUUGAAAGUGGAAGGGAAAAAUAAGUAAAGGGUAAUAGAUUAAAUAAAAAGGUACAGACUGCCAUUGGGUGGGUAUUGGGAGUGGGUCUUCCCAGUUUCAUUGGGGGAGUCCCGGGACCCUGAAAAGUGCACUUUGUAUUUUAAGCCACCAGGGAAAGGUUUUAGUCUUGGGCUGAAGUGACCACAAAGAAUAGAGCCAUUUGGAGGAUGAAUGGGCAUAUAACAAUAUCUUACAUUUCUAUAAUAGUAAUGAAUUUUUCUUACCCAUAUCUACCUCGUAGAGAUGAAGCCCCUAAACCAACUACUGCACUGGAUUACACAUUUGGACGAAGAGCUAAAACCGGGCACAAUAUUGUAAGUUGCCUUAGAAGAAAAACCUUUCAGUUAUCAAGUGAACCAGCUAGUUUAGGUUUGUUGAAUGGAGGGCCUGAAAUUAACUUUUUCCCUUUGGCAACAACUUAGCUCUUUAUCUUAUUUUUUUGAAGUGAUUCAUUGCCGAGGAAAGUCAGUUACCAGUUUGUGGUAAGAUAUUGGAAAUGACUUUACAGGGGCACCCAACGACAAUUUUCGGAAAAAUAUCUGUUCCGAAGACGAUUUCAGAUCUAGAAUUUUCGUAACAUUUGUUGUACAAUUUUUUGCUUGCCUGCCUCUCCUAGAAUUUUUGAACAUCUAAAAACUACUAUAGUUGCCCAUUUUUAACGGAUUUUUACCCUUAAAAGGUCACCUAGAAUUUUCGGGAGCCUUUUUUCCGGCUGAAAUUUUCGAAAAGGCAAGUUUUGAUCCCUAUAAUUUUCGGAUCACUAGACUUUCAGCUAGGAAAUCCGAACAGAUGAAAAAAUUUUAGGGGAUAAAAAUAUGCCUAUAUCUACCGUUUAAAUACUAAAAUACGUUCAACAAUGCUAUGUUUAAGUGGUCUUGAACUAUAUCCUUGUUCGGUGCCCCUGACUUUACUCUGUUUUUUGUUUCAUUUCUUUUAGGAUCUAGAACUUGCAGGAUAAUGUUUAUAUUAUAAAUUAAUUAAUGGUCCUUCCACAUAGCGUACAGUAACAUUCAAUCUGUCUCAAAGUAAACUAUUAUUUAGGGUGGGCACACAAGAAGGGGUCUUACACAGUGUAUUUAAUUAACCAUCCAACAUGGCAUAACACAACAUAUACUCUUCCUGAAAGACAUUAGUUACGCCGCAACAAGUGAAGAUUAUUGGAUGUUUUUCACUGCCACACAAUUUUGAAAUUAGUUAUUUUAACUUACACAUUUUCAAACAGGGCUUCAUAUGGUUACAUGUAGAUGUGAUAGAAGAAUAUAUUUUUUUUCACAAAUUUCAUGACUAGUUUUUUUUUUCAUUUGGUCAUCAGUGUUUUAAAUUGAGGCACACUGGGUCCUGUAUUUAAUUUGCCACAAUUUCUAUCCCCUGGAGUGAGGUGUUAGAUAAUAUUAAUUUGAUUUGUUAACAGGGAAAAGACAUAGGUCAUAUAUGGGAACUUGGUGGUGGAACAUUCCUGUCUAAACUGAUUGAAAUUCCUAUUACAUCUGUAACAAUCAGGUAACUCGAUAUAAUAAUGAUUGCAGCCUGAUUACUACUUUAAAAUAAAUAAAAUUAACAUUAUAAAGAAAAGUAAUCCAACUGUUAUUUAUAGCAAAGUCCGACGGAACUGCCGAUUUUUGUAGAAGUGCCUCUAACUAAUUACUGUACUCCCCUACAGAAACAUGGCAAUAGCGAUUGUUGUGGACUUAUCUCUUCCAAAUGAAUUGCUUCAUACUCUGGAAACACUGUUGUCUCAAGUGAGUUUUUAGGUUUUCGGUAGAGAAAUAAUUUGUGCAUAAGUGUAGUCAGGUUUGGCUAGCCAGGGUAUUAUUAUAAAACUGGCUACAUUUUAUAUGUUAUCUUUCACCUGAAAACAAAUGAUUUCAAGUUAAUGGUAUACUAAGUUUCCUUUAGGUUUGGAUAAAUUGAUUAAAUUUUGGGUGAAUUUUGGGUUUAUUGGUAGUCCAGUUAUAACUUUGUUUCACCAAGUAAUUUACAGUGAGAUUGUCACUAUAGCACUUAAACCUGUGGGUGAAGUCUUAGUAUACUUUAAAACAGUCAGUUUUUUCCUCAGAGUCAGUUUUUAGUGCGCAAAGAACCAGAAUGAGACUUUCACACGAAGGGUUUUUUUUUUGUGUUUUGUGUGCACAGCUCAGAAAAGACCAUCAGUUCAGUGAGCACAUAUAGAGUUCAAUAAAGGCUUAAAACACAAUAAGAAUAUACCGUAAUGUAUGUUUCUUUUCUCCUAAUUGUCCUAAUUGUCUUACAAAAUUAUUGUUUGGCUUCUAUACAGCAAGAUAUUUUUGGUGAAUGUAAGGGGAAGGGAUGUCUGUGAACAAGCAGGAUUUUCAAGUUGAUUACACUAUGCGGUUGAAUGUCUCUUUAAGGUUAAAUCAAAGGUCGGGCGAGCACUGGAGGAAUUGGGAAAGAAAGAUCCAAGGUACGAUAGUGUGAAUUGAGAUGAUGCACAAAAAAUCUUGCAAUUUUGCUUGAUGCCUUACAGGGUUUCCAGAGAUGCCGGUCACAAAGUUAUCCACUUGUAUUUGUUUGUGAAAUCUUUACCUUUAGAUCGUUUUAUUUCUUUAUUUAUUAGAUUGUUUUUUCGUGGAAUAUAUAAUUUUGAAGACGUUUUCUUGCCCCAAUGCCAACGUCGCCGCCCAACCAUAAAAAUGUCUAUAAAAUUUUGCGAGUUUGGGAAGCUAUCCCUUCGUUAGCUUACAACAAAUAAAUCUCAAGCAGACAACUUUACUGAUUUUCAGGCGAUCUUUCCGACGUUAUCGACAGAUUUGGCCUAUAACUGCACCACCCCAAAAGUUGAAAAAAAUCGUGGAAAAUUAUUCACAGAUAUCUAGUAUUUUAAGUUUUAUAGUCUGUACUUAUUUUAAGCGAGUGCGGGUGAUCAUCGGGAGAAAUGGUCGGACAUUUACGCGAGUGAAUGAGCCAUUGUGGCUUACUAUUCAAGCAUGAAUGCACCUUGAAAGCGGCGUAAUAAUCGAGAAAACGGGCGAUUUUGGCGCAGCAGGGUGACUAAAACCGUCAUUUCGGAACAUAAAAAGAUGAUUUCUUGAAAAUUAUAGAGUGGAUUCUUAAAGAUGAAAGAUUAAUCUAUCAUUCCAGCUAAAUUUUAAGUGAGAUAAAUGAGAAUUAGCAUUGAGUAUCAGGCGUUUUGUAGUUUCUGCAGUAUGGGAAAUGACUCCUGUCAAAGUUUGACUUGGAAUUUCUUGAAAAAUAAGCAAUGAGUUUACAUUGUACGACGGAUACAUGUACUGACUUUUGUCUGGUCUGAUCUUCUGUUACAGUUCUGUGCAACAUCUUAAGAAACAAGCUUGGAAGAAAUUCGGAGAAGAACACCCUGUAAGUUGAGAAUACUGAUUUGAAUUUUUGGUCGCUAAAGCGGAGGGAAAGGUAGAUGGGAAAAGAGAAGGAUGAAGAUGGGAAAGGGACGUGAGGGAUGUUUUCGACUUGUUUCCAAUGAAAGUUGGAAGAUUAGCAAUAACAGGGGAGAAGCACUUUGAGUAGUAGUAAAGUGGUGCGUAUUUGCAGGAUCAUACGAUCAUGAAAAAACGUGAAAACGAGCUGAAAACGGUCUUGAAAAUAGAGUGCAUUUUCCAGACCUAAAAAGUCAUGAAAAGUGACGUGCCUGGUACAAAAUCACCAAUAUUAGCGGACUGUUUCACUUGAGAGUAAUCAGGGCCAGUUGAAUUGUAACUUCAGUAAACCCCCAUUCCAAGACAUUUGUCAUUUAGCCUAAAGUUUUAACCUUAGGCCUUGGAAGUCGAUAGCCUACGUUACAAGUGCCGAAAGGGAAGGGGCAGGCUAUGGAAAACUAGAAGUAGAUCAUGGAUAAGGCACGCGAUUCUAAAAAAAGCGCUUUAUUUGACCGUAUUUAGCACGAAAAUACUCUAAAUGGAAUUACUUUUUUUUUACGUCUCUUACUGGAGACGGGACCGCCACUUUUCGUGGUCAUCGAAGCCACGAGAAGGACUAGCCAUUUUCGGGGAAUCGAACCCGCGACUCCUUUUCUUCAGUCCAGCGCUCUACCGACUUAGCUAAUCUUGCCGCGGUUUUCCUAAAAGCAGGAAAGACACAUGGGCUCUGAUUCGCCGAAAAUUUUACGAUUGUCCUUCCUGCCUAGCGCAGUGUCUCUGGAUCUCGCUGGUAUUACUUUUUACAAAUUUUAAUUUUAAGUAAAGCUUUUUUGUCAAUCUGCAUCUUUCAGGACAAAUCCUCUAUUGACUUGUUUCCAAUUCCACUUGCUAUAAUUGGCGGAAAAUAUGACAUUUAUCAGGUCAGUAUAUUCGACAGCUUUUGACCUAGGCGUAAGUAGAUAGAGAGGAAGUAAUGCAAGUAGUUCUAUAUAAACUGCCAAGAGUUUUGUGAACAUCGGACGAAGGACUUUUUGAAAGUCUAUGUAAAUUUCAAAGGCAAACUGAGGAACCAAGCUAAAAUAGGUUAAACGCAGGGUGAUGGGAACUUUUGUCACCCUUCGACUCGAGACAAAAAUAUUGGAGACUCCAGUUUAUUUAAAACCGAUAAGGGGAUGUUUUAUGUGGUUGUCGCAGUAGCUAAUAAUCAAUUUUUCUUGCAGGAUUUUGAUCCCGAAAAACGUAAAAUGAUCAGUAGAACACUGCGCUUUAUAGCGCAUAGCAAUGGGGCCCAUCUGCAGGUUAGUAAGUUUAUUUCCCCUGCUCUUUCAAAGUAUGUUAUGUCGCCAGUUUUGAAAGUUUUUAAAUAAUAAGAUAUUUGCUCUCCAAGGUUUUCAAAAUCCCUUUUUUAAAAACUUAUCGCUAUUGAGUUGUGUAAUAGAGUUUUAAAGUGAUUACGUCAUAAAAAUUAAGUUUGUGAAAUUAUGGGAUUUGCCAGGAAACAUAUAAAGUGCCUAAUCCCGUAAUAUCACGACUCAAUCUUUCAUUACGUCACACUUUCGACUCUAUUCCAACUGAGAUUUUCUUGGCAACGUUCUCGGACUCGCGUAUCAUUAAGGCUAGGGCAGGGCAUUGUGGGAUGGAUGUUUUGGUGCAUCGGUCCCAGAGCGCAACGGGCAACGCGUAAAAGAAAUGAAAGAGACAUGGGAACGAAACAGUGAACUAACAGUGGUAGUUUUUUUCUUUGUAGUUCUUUAGCACCAAAGCCGAAGGUCUGACAAACCGUGCACGUGGUUUGGUUGGCUCGCUUUUAUUCCAUACUCCUCUCAAGUAAGUGUUUUAUUUCCCCUUUAAUAGCUGUCUGUCACGAGCCUGCAUAACUGGCUCUUUAUGAGCCAAACGAGGCAACCGCGGUAUUUUGCGCGAAUCGCGAGAGGCGCGCGAAUCACGAUUCCUCCGCUCGCGAUUCGCGCGAAGUGCCGUAUUUGCCUCGCUUGGCUUAUAGAGCGCCUGUAAUGCAGACUAUCUGUCACUAUCCAUUUUUGCCUAGGCAAAUAGCUCUGGCCAUUCCACCCUAGGAAACAAGGAGACAGCGUAUAGAGCAGUGAUUUCAAAAGCGUCUGGUAUAGCCAUACUUAUCAAUACCGGAUCAUUAAACUUAGGUUUUAUACAGGUAGAAAUAUUGUCACUUUUUGACUUGACCCGUUGAAGCUAAAAGCUCUGACGGUAAUCCCGGGGGGAUAUUUAUUUCAAGCACAUUUGACGGGGGCGAGGGGCUUACUUAAUUUUGCGAAGCGGGGCGCUUAACUGCUUUUCAAACAACCAGAAGAUGGUAUCAAUUCAUGAAGUUGGAGGUCAUGCAGCCGAAGAUCAAAACAAAUCCGAACAUUCUGUACUUGAAUAAACCAUAUUACUGUAUUCAAAUUGAAGUGUAACAGUCGUGAUUAAAGGUCUAUCAAUUAUUCAUUUGGUUGUGAAGAAUAAGGAGGGAGGGGGGAGAGGGGGCUUAUUUGAGAGGGAAGGCUUAAAAGCGGUUUGUUAUACAUGAUGUUUACGCUAUAUUUGACGAGGGCGAACAAGUGACGUUCUUUUUCUGUUUUUAGUAAAGUGGUAUCAGUGGAUCAUAAUAAACCCAUCAUUGUUCCAGUUGGUCAGGACUCAUUUCAGCAGAUAGGUGAGAGACAAGAGGGCAAACUCUUAGUUUUAUUUUAUUGUUUAUUUCAACUUCUAUUCUCUGACGAGAAAUUCUUUGUUUCUUUUGUUUUAGUAUAAAAGAGCCCAUAACUAAAUUUAGCGUGUAUAUCUAGUGUCCCCAAUUAGUAGUUAAACACUCUUGACACGUAAAUAAAGUUCUUCAUCAUCAUCAUCAUCAUCAUCAACGAUUUGACUUGGGCUUGUGAGUCAUGAGUUUUUUCCCUUCUUCUGUCAGGAUCUCCUCCAGUGGCCAGUCAGGAUGUGGGAAAAAUGCACAGCAGGUUGGUAAAGUGUUCUUUUAGGCUUUUCUUGUUAUUUAACAGUGUAUAGUUUUUCUUGCAACGUGGAUUAACAAGUUUUAGCCCUUGGAAGCCUUUGGGGGUGGGGGUAACCCUUGGCUCUUCUUAAUCAGGGACGAAUCAUCUGAUCGCCCCUUUUUUCACCAAGGCAGACACUCGGUGACUUAAUUGGCUUCUAGUGGCCUCACCACCCUAAACCUAAAUGAUUUUUUUAAUCCAUCGGGUCCGGAUUGAUGGUAAUCAUCUUUCGAACCAUCAAUGAACUUAGGAAGGGAAAAAACCAAAAGGCGGCUUUUGUUAAAAACGAAUUGAUUGUUGCGAACUAAGUACUAUGUUAUAUUUCAGGGAUCCACAUGAGCAAUGGAAGGCGGCCUUCUCUACGUUUUUCCCACCAGAGGUAAAUGCUGAUAAUGCUACAUAACCCGCGUAGCAGGCGCACUAGAAAAUAAAGGGGCUCUGCAAGCAAACACGACGCCUACUACAGCGACAACGUCUCUAAAAUCCAUUCGCGCAGUUUCAAAUUUAGUCGCUGUUAUUUCAUCUCGUCCAAUUUGCCAAAUGUAGGAGACGUAGGAGUAAUAUCCAAGUUCAGAAAAAAAAUCAGAUUCUCAUGUUUUGGUUUCUUAAUCUUGAGCUCCCUAAUGGGGUUAUAUGUAUUGUACGCUUUGCAACGCGGGCUUCUACUAAUAAAAUAACCACUCUCGUCGCUAAAAAGUCUAAAGCUUUCAUAUAAACCCUCUAAUAAACGCCCAGGCAAGUAGCAAGUAUACAAAAUUCUCCUCAACUACUUCACCACACUUUGCCAUUUUUUAACUCAGGCGAGCGUGCCCGUUAUGUGUGUUAAUAGAUUUUCUUGGUCAAAAUCUCAGAUCACGCUGCUGGCAGUGCUCUCAUUUUCCCUAAAAUUGUCCCGGAAAAUUGUGCUGUUUCCGUGACUUGGUUUUUGCCUUUUUUUAUCGACGUAGAAAUCUCAAGGGCGAAGUACGAGUGAAGAUCCUUCUAAGGAUCCGCAGUAUGCUGAACCAGCGGUUGACACGAUGAGGAAACAGAAAGACGAGGUAAACUGGGUACAAAACUGUUAUACAUUUCUUACACUGGAGUUGAUGUUUUAA